AUGUCAAGCACUGUUGGACAAGUCAUUCGUUGCAAAGCUGCUGUGGUAUGGGAGGCAGGGAAGCCAUUGGUCAUUGAGGAAGUGGAUGUUGCUCCUCCUCAGCAAAUGGAAGUUCGUCUCAAGAUCCUCUUCACUUCCCUUUGCCACACUGAUGUCUGCUUCUGGGAAGCCAAGGCAUUUUAUCAAGUCUUUCCUCAUAUUCUUGGACAUGAGGCAGCGGGGAUUGUGGAGAGUAUGGGAGAGGGAGUGACAGAGCUUGUACCAGGGGACCAUGUACUUCCAGUGUUCGCUGGUGAAUGCAAAAAUUGUGCACACUGUAAAUCAGAAGAGAGCAACAUGUGCAGCCUCUUGAGGAUUAACACAUACAAAGGAGUGAUGAUUCGUGAUGGACAUUCAAGAUUCUCCAUCAAUGGAAAACCCAUUUACCAUUUUGUUAGGACUUCCACUUUUAGUGAGUACACUGUGGUUCAUGUUGGUUGUCUUGCCAAAAUCAACCCUCUUGCUCCUCUCGACAAAGUUUGUGUCCUGAGUUGUGGAAUUUUAACUGGCCUUGGUGCAACACUGAAUGUUGCCAAACCAACAAAAGGCUCUAGUGUGGCUGUGUUUGGACUGGGGGCUGUAGGCCUUGCCGCUGCAGAAGGAACAAGGAUUGCAGGGGCUUCAAGAAUUAUUGGUGUUGAUCUGAAUGCAAGCAAAUUUGAGCUAGCCAAGAAAUUUGAUGUAACAAAAUUUGUGAACCCAAAGGAGUAUAACAAACCAGUUCAAGAGGUAACUGCUGAGAUGACUAAUGGCGGAGUGGACAGAAGUGCAGAGUGCACUGGCCACAUUGAUGCUAUGAUUUUUGCAUUUGAAUGCCAUGAUGGCUGGGUAGUGGCUGUUCUUGUAGGAGUUCCUCGUAAAGAAGCUGUUUUCAAGACUCACCCUAUGAACCUGUUGAAUGAAAGGACUCUAAAGGGAACAUUCUUUGGAAACUAUAAGCCCCGGUCCGAUCUUCCUUCUGUUGUGGAGAAGUACAUGAACAAGGAACUUGAAUUGGAGAAGUUCAUAACUCAUCAACUCCCAUUUUCUUUUAUCAACAAAGCUUUUGACAUGUUGAAAGGAUAAGGCCUUCGUUGCAUCAUCCAUAUAGAUCACUAA